UUGUAUCAUAUAUCUAUGGUUUAUUUAUGUCUAUCUGCCUGUAUGUGUGUUAUUUUGCAAAAGUUGUGCGUGAGGCAUGAACAGGAGCGACGUAUAUUUUUGUGAAAUCUUUGAAAUUUUGAUUGAAUUAAAAUAAAAAGAAGUGUUAAAAAAGCAUUGUAUAAUUUAAUGGAAAUAUGGUUUCAUCGUGUUGCAUAUGUUCAAAGGAAAAUAAUCCUUUGGAACCACAUCGGUCAUUUCACAGGAUACCAGCAAACGAAGAAAUGAAGAAGAAAUGGCUCCAUAUAAUUGGUCGUACUGUCUCGUAUAAAGGUGCUAGGGUUUGCAGUGAUCAUUUCACAGAAAAUGAUUACAAUGACAUAAAUCCUUAUUCAAGAGUCAAAAGAUUGAAGAACACCGCAGUUCCUUCUGUGAUUGUACAAAAAAAAGAAAAUGUAAAAAGAAAAUCAUUGCCAUUUCAAAAGACUGCUGUAAAUUUAUAUACUGAUGCUGAAAUCAUAUCUCAAAAUGAAAAAAAUGCUGUUUAUCUUUCGGAAAAUCUUGAAGUUGAUGAUAGUGAAACCAAGCACAGUGAAAGUACAAAUAAUGAAUUAGUAUUGACUCAAGAUACAAGUGAAAAUUUCAUUAUUUUUUUAAAUUCUGAAAAAGAAAUAAAUGUUGCUUGUAUUGAUAAUCAAAAAAUUGACGUUAAUUUUGAAACUAAUAUAAAUGAUACAAAUAAAGAAAGAAAACUUCCGAGUGAACUAGCAAAUUCCAAAAUGAGAAAAGUUCUUCUAAAAUUUUCCAAACACGGUACAGUAUGCUUCACAAAAACAGAUUUUUCAUCAAACGAAAAGUGGAAAAAAUUUUUAAAAUGCAUUACUUAUAAAAGUCGUGAGAAUAGAAUUAUGCGACGAAGAAACAAAUGCUUGCAGAAAAAAAUUCUAGUAUUUCAAGAUAUGUUGCAAGAUUUGUUGAAAAAAGUUUAACAAUGUACAAUGUUAUAAAUAUUGAAGUAUUUAUUAUGACAAAUUAUUAAAGUUUUUAUUA